UAUUAAUUUGUUUGGAAAUUUAUAGUAAAAAAUUAUUGUUAAGAUGUGGGUGGAGAUUGUGUUGUUGUUUGUGUUGGUGUUGGUGUACGCGGUGCUGAGGGACAGGCGACCCCGCACCCUUCCCCCUGGUCCGGUGGAGAUCCCAUUCUUCGGACGACUUCCGAUUUUCGAUGAAGAAAGUGGCGAACGCUUACGAAAAAAAUACGGUGAUAUUGUCUCGUAUCGCACUGGGCCCAUCCGCACGGUGUUCCUGUUCGACUACGACACUGCCAAGGAGGCCAUGGCAAAAGUUGAGUUCUCCAACCGCCCCGACUUCUUCUCGGCAUUAAGUGUGGACGAUCAGAAAAUUGGAGGUGUGAUCAGCAGCAACGGCGUACACUGGCAGCACGACCGUCGAUUUGUGCUGCGCAACCUCCGCAACCUCGGCAUGGGUAAAAGUUUCCUGGAGGAAGCCAUCAACACUGAAGCAAUGGCUUUGGUGAAAGACCUCAAGAAGUACGGCGGUGAAGCCAUCAACUACCCCGACAGCUUCAGGACUGUGGCGCUCAACAUCAUCUGGCAGAUGGUGGCCAGCACUCGUUACGAUCUGCGCUCAAGCGAUGUCGAGACCAUUUACCGGCUGACCAAAGCAUUUCAAGACGACUUCUCAGCGAUAGCUUUUUUGCCUUUAUUCAUUCCUGCUCUGAAUCGAUUGCCAGAGCCAAUCAGAAAUUUGAUUUUCGGGGAGGACAAAUUCGCAAAGCUAUUAGAAGAAAUGGAAAAAGUCAUUAACGAUGUCGUAGACAAGCACCUGGAGGACUAUGACCCCGACAACCCCCGGGACCUCAUAGACGAGUACAUCAAAGACAUGAAGGAGAGCGAAGGCGACGACAACUCCCUCUUCAGGAGAGGAGCGCUGAACCAAAUCGUCAACGACCUCUUCUUCGCGGGAUCGGACACGGUGAACAACAUGAUGAAGUGGAUGGCCUACCUGCUCGCCCGGUAUCCAGAGUACGCAACGAGGAUGCAGCAGCAAAUAGACGCCGUCGUGCCCAGGGACCGCAUGGUGUCGCUCGACGACAAACAGAGCUUGCCCUUGGUUGAGGCAUUCACUGUUGAAGCCUUGCGGUACUCAUCCAUGGUGAUCUUCAACGCUGAGAGGACGGCUACCCGCGAUACAAACUUCAAGGGCUAUCUCGUUCCCAAGGGAACUACAGUGCAAGUCUGUAACUACUCAGUCCACCACGACCCGCGGUACUGGGACGACCCCCACAAGUUCUACCCUGAACGAUUCCUGGAUGAGAGUGAAACUAAGUACACGGCCCCUAAGAAGGGCUUCUUUGCCUUCGGUUCAGGUCGUCGUCAGUGCGUGGGGGAGCUGCUGGCCCGCAUGGAGUUGUUCCUCUUCACCGCCGCCCUCAUCCAGCACUUCGACGUGCGCCCCCCGCACGCCGUCGACAUCACCAAGACAGCCAUAGUCAAUUUUGCGGGAGCUCGUUUGCCUGCAGAUGACAAGCUCAUCUACCAGCCUAGAAACUGAUACAUUGACUUUCGUCUGCAUUGAGAAGUUGAUGUCCGAACUAUUUGAUACAACAUUUGAGUGUUCCUGAAGUACGGUGUUGUCUGUCGAGUCGUUAACACCAUUCAAAACCUAUAGUCUCGGAUACAUUUUCAGUUAUCGUACUUCCGCUUACGUUUACCAGUAGCCUCAACGGUACAUUUGCUUUCGUCUAGUAUACGUUCAUAAUUUCAGGCUUCUCUCCACAAGUUGAAUCUACCUUGAUUACCUGAUUUAUUAGGUUUUAAGUUCAAGAUUGUGCUGGAUUCACGAUGCCAAUUACUUAGCUUCUGUUGGUAGACCCAUCAAGCGGCACCAAACUAACCAAACACUGUGGAAACACACAAAAAAUUAUCUUAAUCCAAUUAUAAUUAUUUUGUUUUAUCAUUAAAAUUAUGCUGAGUGAGUUCUAUUAAUCAAGCUUUGGUAUUCAAGUUAUUAUACUCAAAUAAUAGUGAUUAAGCAAUAAUAAUGAUGCAGGUACGUCGUGCAGUAAGAGAAUAACCACAAGUGACCAACGAUUAUGUUGCCUGGAACCACAUAACCAGAAUACACGGGACCAUCACAACCGCAAUACCCCUCUCAAAAAUACACACAUACAACAAAUAUCAACUAACCAACUAAAACAACUCAAAUAUCAUAAACAACUAUAAAACAUAUACCAAAUUCCUCAAUCACUUUAGCGCAAUCUUCUCUCGACAAACACAUCAUCACCAAUUCACUCACUUCAAACAACCCCACCACACACUCUCUAUCACUCAGAUAAUACAAUAUAAACUGUAUAUCAUAUCUCUUUUCAAAAUAAUCAAUCUAAAAAGCCAUCACUAAAAUCGCAACACUCAUUUCUUUAUCACUCAUCAGUCACGC